GUUGAAAUUGACAGCAGCAGAGCAGCUCUGAUCUCUCCCUCUCGGGAGUCUGAAGCUCUGCUGUUAUCGACUUUCGGGAAAUUGCUCUCUCAAACCUACCAAUAUGAUGCUAUCAAACCCAAGUCUACCGGAUACCGCAGACCUUGAGAUGCUGCCUACGGGCCCGAUGUUGCGUAUCAAACGCAAGCGGAACGAAGAUCCCAUUGACGCCUUCAUCGUGGCUACGGAGGAAAUAGCUCGGAAGGAGAAGCGAACGAAAACAGGGGAAGAACCACCAGCGGAGAUUGCUCGCUUCUUUCAAAGAGUCGAAACCGUCGAGACGCGGGAUUUCGAUGAUACGACGAGGCUAAAGGCUACGAGCGAGCGCCUGAAAUACCUGCGGGCCAACAAACAAUCCAUCAAGUCCCCGCCACCAUCUCCAUCGGAUGAGCGGCGAGCGGAGGCGAUCAACGGGAGGAAUGCGGAACGAAAAGCAGCCCGGUAUCGUGUGGUGAAAGAUCGGCGGCAGAUUCUUGAUGAUGUCGAGCUGCUAGACGUCGAAGAAACGUCUGAUGAACCAAAGAAGGGGCCACACACUACAUCGUAUGAGAGUGGGCCAAUACCAGAAAGCGAUCUAAUGGAAAGCUUGAUGCCCAUGAUGCGUGAAUACCUGCAUGUCUCACAGGAGAAAGACGGGCCAAUACCCAGCGAGUACGUCUACGACAUCUACUACGCGCAACCCGAAAUGGAUCCGGAAGCACAUAGCCGCGUCGCGGAGCUAACAUUCGAAGACCUUUCCGCAACCCUCCUCGCCGACGCCGGCGACUCCUCCGAUAACAAUGACGAUGAUGACGAAGAUUCGAAUGCGGAAGACUACUAUGCAAAUGAGUAUCCUGACGCGUCGGAUAGCGAGAAAUCAGAUGAUAGUGAUGUGGAUGAGGGGUAUAGGAGAGGAAGAGGCUACAAAAACUACUUUGAUGAUGAUGAGGACGACGAUGGAGAUUAUGAUCCGUAUGAUUCUUGAGCUGAAUAGCUGCGGCAGGAAGUCCUAACUUAAUGUCUUCGGCUUCUUUACAUAUCUACAAUUCUAUCUAGGAAUUCGUAGCUGCAUAGCCAAUAGUGUACAUAGUGUGACAUCUUGAAG